GGCAAACCAAUCUUCUAUAUACCAAAAAGCCCCGGGAGCUCUGCUGUUUCAGAAAAGAAAAAGAAAAUCUUCUUUUUUUUCCUUUUUUUCCCUUUCAAUAAGUUGUUUAUUCGUCGUCCAAGAUGUCUAGCGAUGAUGGUGGAAAGAAAAAAAUCGCAAUUGUGAGCGUCUCCGCUCUGGUCCUUGUGGCGAUGGUGGUGGCUGUCGCUGUCACCAACUCUAAAAGCGCCGCUCCUGAUACAGCAUCCAGUGGCGAAAUUACAACGUCCACAAAAGCAAUCAAAGCAAUUUGCCAACCCACUGAUUACAAAGAAAUUUGCGAAGAAAGCCUUACCAAGGAGGGAGUAACCAGUACGGACCCAAAAGAAUUGGUCAAGUCGGCGUUCAAAAUCGCCACGGAUUACGUAAACGGGGCGAUUCAAAACUCCACGACUCUGAAAGAGCUGGCUAAAGAUCCACGAGCCAACCAAGCCUUACAAAACUGUCGCGAGCUCCUCGAGUUCGCCAUCGACGAUAUCAAACAGUCGUUCGACAGAAUCAGCACAUUUCAAAUGGGCGAAGUCAAAGCGUUCGUCGAGGAUUUGAAAGUGUGGCUCAGUGGUGCAAUGACGUACGAGGACACUUGUUUGGAUGGGUUCGAGAACACCACCGGUGAGGCGGGUGAGAAGAUGAAGCAGUUUUUGAAGUCGUCUCAGCAACUGACCAGUAAUGGUCUAGCCAUGGUCACCGAAUUGUCCAAAACUUUGGGUGAUCUUCAGCUUCCCACAUUGGGCCGACGGCUCAUGGGUGAGGACGGUAUCUCGGAAUGGGUCAGUGACACCAAUAGACGGCUGUUGCAGGCUGGGCCACCCGCAGUUAAGCCUAACGUGGUGGUGGCACAGGACGGAAGUGGGAAAUACAAGACCAUUAACGAGGCUUUGGCUGAAAUUCCCAAAAAUAGUAAUGUCACCUUUGUGAUCCAUGUCAAGGCCGGUAUUUAUAAGGAACAUGUUGUUAUUACGAAGGCUAUGACCCACGUCACCAUGUACGGUGAUGGCCCCACCAAAACCGUCGUCACCGGUAGCCUUAACUACGUUGACGGUAUUCAAACUUUCAAGACAGCCUCAUUUGCUGCCAUCGGGGCCAACUUCUUCGCGAGAGACCAACUUCUUCGCGAGAGACAUGGGUUUCGAGAACACUGCAGGGCCUACUAAGCACCAGGCCGUGGCGCUGUGAGUCCAAUCCGACAGAUCGAUCUUCUACAACUGUAGAAUGGACGGGUACCAAGAUACACUGUAUACCUAAGCCCACCGUCAGUUCUACCGCGAUUGUGUCAUCACUGGCACCAUUGACUUCGUAUUUGGAAACGCCGCGGCCGUGUUCCAGAAUUGCCAGCUCGUGGUCCGAAAGCCAGUGCAUCGUGACAGCCCAAGGCAGGCUCGAGGAGCGUGAGCCAAUCACACUAGUGUUCCAGAGCUGCCACUUCACGUCCGACCCAGCCUACUACCCAUAUAGAGCUGUGAACAAGGCCUACUUGGGGAGGCCAUGGAAGGCAUAUUCUCGCACCAUCAUCAUGCAGUCUCAAAUCGACGACCUCAUCCAACCCGAGGGAUGGUUGCCAUGGAUGGGCACCUUUGGGCUCGACACAUUGUUCUACGUUGAGUUUCAGAACACUGGACCGGGGACGGACAAGAGCAAGAGAGUUAGUUGGGCCGGUAUUAAGGAGAUCACACCACAACAAAUCCUUGCUUUCACCCCCAAACCCUUCAUCGACGGCGAUGCUUGGAUCAAGGACAAGGGAAUUCC